UGAUUCCAGUAUUUAAAAAAAAUUUUUAAUACAGUUUUUCCUUUCUCUGCUGGCUUCAACAUCAGUUUACCCACUAGUCUCUGGCGGAGCAGCAGAAGUGCAUUUUUCAGCGUUGGCUUGGAACUGUAACACAAGAAGGGUGAGAAAUAAUUGGUCUGCAAUCCAUUAUCCAGAUUAACCCUGGCAGUAAAGCAGCCAUGGCAAACCUGUGCCCAGGAGAUAUUAUUCUGGCAAUUAAUGGAGAGAGCACGGAGAACAUGACACACCUAGAAGCACAAAACAAGAUCAAAGCAUGCAUGGACCAGCUACUGCUCUCCGUGAACAGAGCCGAAGGGAAGACCUGGUCACCCCCUGUUCUGGAAGAUGGCAAGGCUCAAGCGUACCGGAUCAACAUAGAGCCGGAACCGCAGGACAACGGGCCUGCCCAGAGCAGGAGGCCGAUGCCCCACGGGGCUGGGGGAAGCCCCAUGGACAACAAGCAGAUGCUGAACGUGCAGCAUCACCACCCAACCCGGCUCUACGCUAACAGCGGCUCCGAGUCGGCUCUGCCGGGCCAGCUGAGCGGGCUCCACAUCGCUCCUGCCCAGAGCGUGGACCCCUUGAAGUCUCUCCCAAGGAACAGAAACGGGAUUGAUGUGGAGUCGGAUGUCUACAAGAUGCUUCAGGAUUAUGAAAAGCCCGUUUCGGAGCCUAAGCAGUCCGGAUCCUUCCGAUACUUGCAGGGCAUGUUGGAGGCUGGCGAGAACGGUGAAAAACUCGACAAGCUGAGCAACCCUCGAAACAUCAAGUCCCCGGUGUCAAAGCUUGGCGGUGCCAUGUCCGGGCUGCAGAUGCUCCCCGAGUGCACCCGCUGCGGGAACGGGAUCGUGGGCACGAUCGUCAAAGCUCGGGACAAGCUCUACCACCCCGAGUGCUUCAUGUGCGACGACUGCGGCCUCAACCUGAAGCAGAGAGGGUAUUUCUUCAUCGAAGAGCAGCUGUACUGCGAGACGCACGCGAAGGAGAGGGUUAAGCCCCCCGAGGGAUAUGACGUGGUGGCUGUUUAUCCAAACGCUAAAGUUGAACUUGUCUAAACCCGGGCUGUGCUCUGGAGAGGUCGGGCGGCCGCGCGCCCACCCACGUCCUCCCCGCCGGCUGCGCAAUGUGGCUGUAGUCAACCCCGAUUACCAAAGCCCAAGUUAAAAUGCCUUUUCCUAGAUAAAACCGUUUACACUUGGGAUCUCCAGGGGAUGGUGUUGAAAGCAUAUGAACAGGUUUUUCCCUUCUUUUUGACACUCUGCUUUUUGGGUUGCUGUGUUGGCUUAUUAGUCUGUGCCAUAACCUUAUCCAAGACCUGUGUAAAUAUUGAUUAAUUCUCUACUCUGUUUCAUAUAAAACCUGUAUUCCUUU